AUGACAAAAUAUCAAAAUGACGGAUUUGCCCUCCCUAUUGUCUAUCAAGAUCUGCUGAAAUUGUGGCUUCGUCAUCAUAUUUCAAAUCUCUUGCCUAAGGUUGACGAAGAAGCCAUUACUGUGGAUGCCGGCGAGGAUAAAUCGAUCCAGAAGAUGAGUGACUCUACCACCUCGUCUUGGAGGUCAUUUUGUUCUACAAAUUCUCGAAGCUCCGGAGGCAUGAACCCCACAUGCCGCCAUGGCGUGGAAGCCGAAUUGCUAACAUCUCAAACAGACCAGAACCCAGCGAGGAGGUUCUACCGUUGCAGUCUCCCAAAGGACCAAGACUGUCGAUUUUUCGUUUGGUUGGAUGCUGAACUCCCACCUUAUCAGAAAGGGUGUUAUUUGAAGUUGAAAAGUCAAAAUAAGUCCCUUGAAGAGCAAUUGAGAUGCAAACAAGUCAUGGAGAAACUAUUGGCUGAACGAUUAGAAAUGAAGGUUAAGGAGAUGGAUUUGCUGAAAAUCGAGAUUGAUGAAUUGGAGAAGAAGGUUAAGGAAUGUACUGAAAAUCUAAGGAAAGCAAGGAAAAUGUUAUUCUGUUUCUGUGCCAUGGUUCUUGUACUUUGUAGUUGGUUGAUGAUUCCUUGA